CGUGUUCUCGAAUUUCCUUCAUUCAUGGGAGCCGGUCUCAAGUCAACGCAAGGGUCCAAACAGGUGACGUCAUCUGGGGGAAGGAAGACACCUACCAGAAAAGACGACACCCCAUUCAGGAUCGACAUCGAUCCAUUUCACCGGUACUUACUGCUCGUCCUCAACUCCGUCUUCAUGUCAUUCGGAACCGUCAUUACUGCAGUCUCCGCCUACUUAUUGUUCGACCGAUGGGACGACGUCAUUUUCGUUCCUGGUUCCUUGGCGCUCACCAUCGUAGUCAAUCUCGAAUUCCCUUUCAUCAUCUUUGGUAUUGUGUGCUUCACGAUAGGAUGUGUUGGAUUUGUGGGCACUGUACGAGAGAGCAUACUAUUGCUGUGGACAUACUCAUUGCUGCUCUGUCUCCUAAUGAUGCUAAACAUCUUUGCUGGCUUGGCUUUGGUCCUGAUACCGAUAGCAGCACCACAGACCAUCGAAAGACUCCUGAAUAUGCACCUCAUUGAGUACUACAGAGACAAUGACAAAAUUCGUGCAGUUGUCGACUACCUGCAGACCAACUUCGAGUGCUGCGGUGUUACCUCAAACGGCUUCCGCGACUGGAACCAGAACAUGUAUUUCAACUGCAGCCAAGAUAAUCCCAGCUCUGAACGCUGCAGUGUCCCUAACUCUUGCUGCAUAUUAGCGGAUGCCGAAGACAUCGAAGCCGCCCUGAAACAGAAAUACUGUUCCAUCGGUGUCUUAGCGAUGGGACGGAAGCAAGCGUUCUCUAUAGUUUACAGCAGAAACUGCGUAGACGCGGCGAUCGGCGUAAUACGAAAGAACACGUUGUUCCUCAUAGCAGUCACCAUAGUCGUGGAGUUUGCAUUGAUCAUAGUGAGGUCGAUGGCUCAAGACGUACUGCUCGACUUGGAGACCUCAAGGAAGGCGUACGAGAACUAUGAAAAGGCUGUAAACAAGGAUCACACGAAAAUGGCAAAUAUAGAAGCUGCGGAGACCCCUCAAGAGAGUUUAUUGGUCGACCUGGGAUACUCAGAAGACGUAUCUGAGACACCACAUUUCAUCCAGCCCUGCAGGACCCCGAGAACGCCUUUUGACAGGGCCAUCAGCCGCGAAAAAAUACAGCACAUAGCACGGUGUCGUGACGAACGUGUUAAAGUCUUCUUCUCCUGGGACUGCAAGAAGCACAAUGGAUUCAAUCCCAACUGUGAAUAUUGCGUCCGGGAUAAACAGCGGACAUCACCAGGGACGCCGUGCCCGCUACAUAGAGGGCACCACGUGGUCGUCGAUCGCCGUUAGGCAUAGUCAGGGACGUCCGAGGGCGCUAAUCAUGCACCGACCGAUACUACUAGUGUUGCCAAAUGUACGUGGUAUUUUUAGAGGAAAAUGACGAAUACAUAUAUGCGUGGA